AUAAAGCAUAGAUGGCUGAUUCUCCUUCAAGGUUCAAUUUAAUAUUUAGUUUCCUUGGGAUUUUCUGCUACUACUCUUGAGAUGUUUCUCGUGCUUUUUUUGAUUGGGAGUCUCGUACUCCGUUGCAAUGGAGCAGAUUUAAAUGCAAGCUGUAUCAAGAGAGAGAGAGAUGCCCUUCUCAAGUUCAAGCAAGGCCUCACAGACUUUUCAAACAGAUUGUUGUCAUGGGAAGGAGAAGACUGCUGCUCGUGGGAGGGAGUUGGCUGCAGUAAUACAACUGGCCACGUUAUAAAGCUCGACCUUCAUAAUCCAUCGUCAUGGGCGAUGUAUUAUACUCCCCAGAGGGAAUUCUGCGACUCUUCAUGCUUGGGAGGUGACAUCAACCCUUCUUUAGUAAAUCUUACACAUCUUGAAUAUUUUGAUGCUAGCAUGAACAAUUUCUCAUAUGCUGAAAUUCCAAGCUUUCUUGGUUCCCUGAAAAACUUGAAAUAUCUAGACCUUGGUUUUGCGGAAUUCGCUGGAAAGGUUCCUCAUCAACUAUCAAACCUUUCAAACUUGCAGCAUCUUGAUAUCCGUUGGAAUCAUUUGACAAUUGACAACCCCGGAUUUGUACCCUCUCUUUCUCGCUUGAAACACUUGGACCUGUCUGGACUAGACGCUUCAAAUGCAAGCGACUGGUUUCACUCAAUAAAUAUGAUUCCUUCUCUAGUAGUGUUGCGUUUGUCCAAUUGUGGCCUUUCUCAUAUUCCUCUUAUUUUGGACGUGAAUUUCACAUCUCUUACAUUUCUUGUUCUUAGCGAUAACAACUUCAGUUCUACCAUUCCUCGUUGGCUGUUUAAUAUCAGCAGCAUACGGUAUUUUGAUCUUAGUUCCAGUGCUUUUCAAGGUUCUAUUCCUGCGGAGAUAGGCAAUUCCAAUUUGCUUACAAUGCUUGACCUGUCAGAGAAUGAGCUAGAGGGUGCACUUCCUGCGUCAAUUGGAAAACUUUCAAAUUUGACAGAAUUAUACAUCACCCACAGCAACCUGAGGGGUAAUAUUCCAGAAAGCAUUGGACAACUUUCCAACCUGGAAAUGUUGGAUCUCCAUGAUAAUUUCUUGGAUGGUAUGGUUUCUGAACGUCACCUUUCGAAUCUCACAAGCUUGACACACUUGUUUCUGGCGCAGAACCAGUUAGUUUUUAAUAUUAGCCCCAUAUGGGUGCCUCCUUUUCAACUUGGAUGGAUCUCUAUUACAUCUUGCAAAAUAGGUCCAAACUUUCCACAGUGGCUUAAAACCCAGACCAACCUUUUCAAAAUAGACAUGUCCAAUGCGAGCAUCUCCGAUAGCAUUCCUGAUUGGUUUGACAAUAUUUCUUUGAGCAUCGAAGAUUUGGAUCUAUCAUAUAAUCACAUAACGAAAAACUUGCCAAAGUUCAGAAAAUUAUCUGCCCAUCUUUACAGGGAAAUAUAUUUGGAUUCCAACAAGUUUGAGGGUCCUCUAGAUCCUUUUCCUUCAGAUGUAGCUAUUCUAGAUGUAUCCAACAACUUUCUUUCCGGACACAUUCCCCAAACACUAACUGACAACGGGAUGCCACAUAUGAGAUUAUUGUUUCUCUCAAACAAUCAAUUCAGUGGUGGUAUUCCUGUUUAUCUGUGCAAGAUGCAGGACUUAAAUUUUCUUGGUCUUGCAAACAAUCAACUGUCAGGAGGAGUUCCUGAAUGCUGGCAGAAACGGCAAGGUCUACUUGUCAUGGACCUAGCAAAUAACAAUUUGAGUGGUCCUAUCCCAGUUUCUAUGGGUUCUCUACAGCGACUCGUAUCUCUGCACUUGGAGAACAACAAUUUGCAAGGAGAGAUCCCUGUGUCACUCAAGAAUCUAGCAAAUUUGCGGGCUCUUGAUCUUAGUGGGAAUUCCUUCUCAAGUACUAUUCCUGCUUGGAUUGGUGAAAACCUGUCUUCGCUUAAGAUGUUCAAUCUUCAUUCCAAUAUGAUCCAUGGAGAGAUUCCACAGCAGCUUUGCAAUCUUGUUUCUCUUCGCCUUUUGGACCUGGGAAGAAACACGAUGACUGGAGCCAUUCCUCAUUGUUUUGGCAAUUUCACAGCCAUGAUUUUCAAUGGAACUAGAUCAGAAAAGACUUGGUCCCGGUAUCCGUACCCUUACCUGAACUAUCCCCAUUUGGCGUAUGAUGAUCACACUUUAGCCUUUAUAAAGGGAACAGAACUCGAGUAUACUAAGACACUUCAGUUUCUCUUCUCCAUUGAUCUUUCAGGGAAUAAUUUUACCGGAACGAUUCCAGAAGAAUUGAUGAGUCUGUCAAAGCUGCAGAACCUGAAUUUGUCUGGAAACUAUUUAGAGGGGCAUAUCCCUUCUAAUAUUGGCAACAUGAAGUUGUUAGAAUCUCUUGAUUUGUCUAGAAAUGUGCUUUCUGGGUCUAUUCCUUCCAGCAUCACUGAUUUGAACUUUUUGAGUCACUUGAAUUUGUCAUUCAAUAAUUUAUCUGGCCAUAUUCCAUCAGGGAACCAAAUCCAGACUCUGGAUGACAAAUCCAUUUACAUUGGAAAUGAUGGACUUUGUGGAUUCCCACUAAAGAAGUGCACAGAAGAAGAACCACAUAAGGGUUUUGAAAAAGUUGAGAAGACUACCAAAGAUGAGACUGAAAAGCUUUGGUUCUUUUGUGGAUUGGGAAUGGGAUUCACUUCGGGAUUUGUGGGAGUGUGUAGCAUUUUGUAUUUCAAGGACUCUUGGAGGCUUGCAUACUUUGGCUUUGCUGACAAAAUCUGCAAUAAGCUUUGGGUCAUUAUUGCGAUAAAGGCAAAUCAAUUGCGGAGGAAGUUACACUGGAAACGAUUUUAAAGGAGUGGAUCUUUAGUGACAGUGGCUCUCCAGGUAUUUUAGCAAUAAUUAUAGAAAAUUUGGCCGUCAUGUUAGUUGUCAAGUGUGUAGUUGUUGAUUAGCAAAAGGUUUUCUUUCACUGUAAAAGAGAGCUGUUGUGAUUGAAAGAAUUAGAGAGUCCUCAUUAUGAGACA